AAUAAUUGAAUUCGUGUUUCAACCAUCUCUUCCAGUAUGUUGCUUUACGGCAAGGACUGCGUUCCCCUUCGACUCGUAGAGAAAGGAUGCGAUGCUUGGAUUCUCGCAAGUUCCGAAGAAAUGUGGAGCAAGCGAAUAUUGGCUGCAUGUGACCCAUCGACCUCGAAGUGCGACGUUGCUCCGAAGUGCAGCGAAGAAACGGUGACUGACGCCGACACUGAGUGCGGCAAAAAAUACAGACUGGAACGUGGACUUACUACUAGAAAACCUGACGGAAAGCCAGACGAUGCAGAUAUGAGCCCCGAGAUGCACAAACAACAGUGCUGUUCCAUGGAAUACAGUACGCAGUGCGUUCCCGAAGUGCUCAAACGGAAAGGAUGCAGUCAUGAGAUAGCCGCGUCUUUCAUUGCACAGAGGAAGAAGCUAAUGGUGGUAAUGUGUGGAACGUCGAUGGGGCACUGCGAUUUCUACAAGAGCAAGAGCACUGGCCAUAUAAUACAUCCCAUAUGGACUUUGGCAACAUCGAUCUUUGUGAUGUCGGUGGUAACAAGCGGCUGUUACAAAAGCAUCUGCUAGAUUAACUUCCCAUUAAAAUAAUGAUUAUUGUCAGUC